AUGAUAUGCGAGUACUACGUCCACGGAGAAUGUGUGGACUUCGCGGCAGCGGACUGCAAAGAGAACGCGACGUACUGCGCGGGCAGCGAGCCCCGGCACGUGCACCACUGGCGAGAGGGCAACCUGCCCGCCAACUCGAAGUGUGCUGCGUGCCGGCGCGCCUGCUGGUCAGGGGAAUGCCUCACUGGGUACCGCUGCGAGUGGUGCGGCAGCACGUGUCACGCCGGAUGCCGUGCACUAGUCCCGGAAGAAUGCAACUUCGGCGCAUUACAGCCGAUCUUCCUGCCUCCGUCGGCAGUGUCGAUCCCUCGGACCGAAGUGCCGAUGGAGGCGAUCAUCGGCGUGCACGUGCGUCCUCCACCCUCGCAGCGAGACUUCGGAUGCCCUCGAAGCGUGAGUGAGGAGUUCAGUUCGGGCUGCGAAGGGCGCUCGGGCUCCGGUGGCGGCUCCACCGGCGCUCCCGCCGAUCAGGACCACCGACCCGACCACAAACAACAUCGGGACAGGACGCCAGACGACAGGGAUGAAGAGGUAGUAAAAGUGUACGACGGGGAGGCGGCGUGGGCACGUCGCCUGUACCGGCCGGUGGUGGUCGGACGCAACUUCAGCGAGCGGGAACUGGUAGCGGCCGCCUUGCGAGCAUUCCACGUGGCGCGUGAACCGGAGCAGUUCCAGCUGACGGACGCGCUAGCGGGCGAAGAGCCACCUGUAGAAGACCCCACGCCGCUCGCCCGUGUCACACGACUGCCUAACAAGAGACCUGCGCUGUUUUUACGUUUUAAAGAACCAGAGACGGGUGGCGGAGAGGUACGGGUAUACGCGGGGCGGGUGGCGGGCGCGGGCGACGCGUUCGUCACGGUGAAGUGUGCGGGAGAACAUACUGUUUCCGACCUCAUGCGAGCUGCGCUGGAGAGCUUCGGACUCGACUCCUCUAAUGCGACUGCGGACUAUCGCUGCUCAGAGAUACUGCUCGAUCGAGGAGUAUCAGAGCGUGUGCUAGAAGAGGACGAGCGUCCGUGGCGCAUCUUAGUGCGUUUAGCUCGCGAGUCUGUGCGGCGCAUGGAGCUCGCGCGCUUCUACCUGCAGCCGCGUCGAGACCCGCACGGACCCACCCUCGCGCUCUUUGUCGCGUCGCUCCCCCCUGGACUUUCUGAGAGGAACUAUGAGAAUAUACUGGUCGAGUUCCUGGGUGCCGAAAACAAGUUCACAUCAAUCGGCCCGAUUUACUACGAGUAUGGAUCCAUGGUCAUUACGUACGAGGAUGCGAGCAAAGCAGUGCGCGCCCUCUACGCGCUCCGAGAGGCCAAAUAUGAAGAUAAACCUUUAUUAGUGAUGCUACUUCCCAGCAUCGAACCUUCAAUGGUACCAGCUGGUGUAAAGCCCCUUCUAGUGUUCGUAAAUGUCAAGUCUGGUGGCUGUCAAGGCCUCGAACUCAUCUCUUCCUUCCGCAAACUUCUCAACCCUUACCAAGUAUUCGACCUGGAGAAUGGAGGACCGCUACCUGGAUUAUACGUGUUCCGACACAUCCCGAACUACAAGAUACUGGUGUGCGGCGGUGACGGCACCAUCGGGUGGGUGCUGCAGUGCCUCGACAACGUGGGGCAGGACUCGCAGUGCUCGAACCCACCCUGCGCCAUCGUACCCCUUGGAACCGGAAAUGACCUUGCACGAGUGCUGCGCUGGGGCUCAGGAUAUACCGGAUGCGAAGACCCACUAUCUCUACUUCGGGACGUCAUCGACGCGGAGGAGAUCCGCCUCGACCGUUGGACCGUCGUCUUCCAUCCUGAGGAUAAGCAGGACGAACCUAAGGAGGUGUCUAAGCAGCUACCGGGCUCACAAAGUGAAGAUAAUUCCCAAAUUCUCGUGAUGAACAACUACUUCGGUAUUGGCAUCGAUGCUGAUCUCUGCCUUGAUUUCCACAACGCGCGCGAAGAAAAUCCUAAUAAAUUUAACAGCAGGUUGCGCAACAAAGGCGUGUACGUGAAGAUGGGUUUGCGCAAGAUGGUGGGGCGUAAGAUGUGCAAGGACCUGCACAAGGCGGUCCGGCUGGAGGUGGACGGCAAGCACGUCGACCUGCCCGCAGUAGAGGGCAUUAUUAUAUUAAAUAUUCUUAGUUGGGGUUCAGGAGCGAAUCCAUGGGGUCCGGAGAAGGAUGACCAGUUCAACAAGCCGAACCAUUGGGACGGCAUGCUGGAGGUGGUGGGCGUGACCGGGGUCGUCCAUUUAGGGCAGAUCCAGUCCGGUUUGCGCGGCGCGAUGCGGAUAGCACAAGGCGGCCACAUAAAGAUCAACCUCCGCAGCGAGAUCCCGGUGCAGGUGGACGGCGAGCCAUGGGUGGCGGCGCCCAGCGAGGUGGUCGUGCUCAAGUCAGCGUUAAAGGCCACCAUGUUGAAGAAGCGCGGCAAAGUUCGCCGGCGAAGCACGGAACCAGCACUGGCGCCCCCCGCCGGAUCCGCCGUGCCCCCCGCAGGGCCUCCCGCCGGGCCCCCCACGGCGCCCCUCGCCGGGCAGUCCCCGGCGCCCCCUGCGCCUCCAGCUGCGCCGCCAGACUCC